AUGUCGUUGGAUGCGAGCAGUCGACGUCUUAUGAAGGAGCUUCAACAACUAUCAACUGAACCGCCGACGGGUAUUGUGGUGAAUAAAGAUGCAGCUAGUGCCGACCUCAAACAGUGGCGUGUGGACGUGAUAGGUGCUACGGGUACUUUGUACGAAGGCGAGAAGUUUUCCCUUCAGUUUCGAUUCACGCAGCAGUAUCCGUUCAACUCGCCGGAGGUGAUGUUCGUCGGUGAAAAUAUUCCUGUACAUCCGCAUGUCUAUUCCAAUGGUCAUAUCUGUUUAUCGAUUUUGUCUGAGGAUUGGACACCAGCUUUAAGUGUGCAAGCAGUUUGCCUAUCUAUUCUUUCCAUGUUGUCAUCUGCGAGAGAAAAGAAACGACCGCCAGAUAAUGCAUUAUAUGUUCGGACGUGUAAUAAAAACCCCAGCAAGACGCGAUGGUGGUUCCAUGGUGAGUCGCUAUUUCUACGUGGAGUUAUGACUUAUCAAUGA